AACAAACAACAAACAAACCUUAACACUCUCUUUUGUUCCCUCUUUCUCUUGAUCCAUAUCCUCAAUGGGCAGUCUAGAACUAGAACAACCCAACUCUAACACCACCCCAAAGCCCCUAGACUCCGACGCCGAAGACGAUGACGUGUCUCCCAUCGAACAAGUCCGUCUAACCGUGACCAACACCGACGACCCGACCCUACCCGUAUGGACCUUCCGGAUGUGGUUCCUGGGUCUUCUCUCAUGUGCCCUCCUCUCAUUUCUCAACCAAUUCUUCUCCUACAGAACUGAGCCUCUCAUCAUCACCCAAAUCACUGUCCAAGUCUCAACCCUCCCCAUUGGCCACUUCAUGGCCAAAGUGCUCCCAACAAACAAAUUCCACGUACCCGGGUUCGGGUCCCGGUCCUUUUCUCUCAACCCGGGUCCUUUCAACAUAAAAGAGCACGUCCUCAUUACCAUAUUUGCUAAUGCUGGAAGUGCUUUUGGAAUUGGCUCAGCUUAUGCAGUUGGGAUUGUCAACAUAAUCAAAGCGUUUUAUCGCCGGAAAAUCUCUCUUCUGGCUAGUUGGCUCCUUAUCAUCACUACCCAGGUGUUAGGAUACGGUUGGGCUGGACUGUUAAGGAAGUAUGUUGUUGAGCCCGCCCAUAUGUGGUGGCCCAACACACUCGUUCAGGUCUCACUUUUCCGGGCCUUGCAUGAGAAAGAUGAGCAACGCAUGUCACGGGCAAAAUUCUUCCUAAUUGCUCUAGUUUGCAGUUUUACUUGGUAUGCUUUCCCAGGUUAUCUCUUCACAACACUCACAAACAUAUCAUGGGUUUGCUGGCUAUUCUCCAAGUCAGUUACAGCCCAGCAGAUUGGCUCAGGCAUGAGAGGCCUUGGAGUUGGAGCCCUGACACUUGACUGGUCAGCAGUGGCAUCCUUCUUGUUCAGCCCUCUCAUCUCCCCUUUUUUCGUCAUCGUCAAUGUUUUUGCGGGCUAUGCAUUGAUACUCUACUUUGCAAUCCCUAUAGCAUACUGGGGACUGGACUUGUACACUGCACAAAGGUUUCCUAUUUUUUCCUCGCACUUGUUUACAGCGCAAGGUCAAGAUUACAACAUAACAGCUAUAGUCAAUGACAAUUUUGAGUUAGAUAUUCCAAAGUAUAAGGAGCAAGGACGGAUUCACUUGAGCACCUUUUUUGCUCUCAGUUAUGGCUUUGGUUUUGCAACCAUUGCCUCCACCGUCACACAUGUAGCCUUAUUCUAUGGAAGAGAGAUACUUGAUCGCUAUCGUGCUUCUUACAAAGGAAAGGAAGAUAUCCAUACAAGAUUGAUGAGAAGAUACAAGGACAUACCUUCCUGGUGGUUUUACACAUUGCUCAUCAUUACAGUUGCAGUUUCUCUUGUACUCUGUAUUUUCUUGAAUGAUCAGGUUCAGAUGCCAUGGUGGGGACUCCUAUUUGCUGCUACCAUGGCCUUUGCAUUCACCCUUCCUAUCAGCAUCAUAACAGCAACAACAAACCAGACACCAGGGCUAAACAUAAUAACAGAGUACAUCAUGGGAAUCAUAUUACCAGGAAGACCAAUAGCCAAUGUAUGCUUCAAAACUUAUGGCUACAUGAGCAUGGCUCAGGCAGUCUCCUUUCUGAAUGAUUUCAAGCUCGGACAUUACAUGAAGAUCCCUCCAAGAUCAAUGUUUUUAGUUCAGUUCAUCGGAACGAUUCUUGCUGGAACCGUCAACCUUGCAGUAGCACAUUGGUUGCUGAACUCUAUCACAAAUAUAUGUGUGGAUGAUCCUCAUUCAGAUAGUCCUUGGACAUGCCCAGGUGACCGAGUUUUCUUUGAUGCUUCUGUGAUUUGGGGUUUGGCAGGACCUAAACGUAUAUUUGGAACUCUUGGAAUCUAUGGAGCCAUAAACUGGUUCUUCCUUGGAGGUGCAGUCGGACCGGUUAUUGUUUGGGUACUGCAUAAGGCAUGCCCAAAGCAAAAUUGGAUACGCCUGAUUAAUCUUCCAGUCCUUCUGGGAGCAACAGCAUCAAUGCCUCCAGCUACAGCAUUGAACUACAAUUCCUGGAUUAUAGUCGGAACAAUUUUCAAUUUUUUUGUCUUCCGUUACAGGAAGAAGUGGUGGCAGAGGUACAAUUAUGUCCUUUCAGCGGCACUGGAUGCUGGGUUGGCUUUCAUGGCAGUUUUAUUGUACCUUUCAGUAGGCAUGGAAAAUAAAAGUGUGGCCUGGUGGGGUACAAACGGUGAACACUGUGACUUGGCAACUUGUCCAACCGCCAAGGGCAUCGUUGCUGACGGUUGUCCAGUGAACUAAUAAAACCGUAUCUCCAGUUACAUGUGAUUUCAUUUUUAAAAUGUCGUAGUACAGAAUUAGCAAGUAUUAGAACUGAAUCUGACGAAGCAGAAGAGGUUUUAGUUGUCUCAUAAUGAGAUAAAACAUGAUCCAUUAA